GUUUUAAUAUGCAAAUUCACUUCGGGUAGACUUUUUCCCGGCAAUUUUCUUUGUGUGCGGAGCAUCGCAGACGGGUUUUAUUUCACAGCAAUUUGGCGAUUCCCCGAAAGUUAAGAUGCCGAGAGCGAAGAAGCGUUUUCCCGGGGAGACUGGAGAUGCUGCUGGACCGAAGAAGAAGUCGAGAGGGGCCGGUGCGGGCGGCGGGGUGACCGGAGUUCGGGCGGCCGACUCCGGGAUGGAAAAAAUCAAACUGAAAGCACCACCAUUUCUGGGAGAGCUUCUCUUCAGCGGCGGAACUAACUGGGAUUUGGUGGGCCGCUCUCGACUUCCUAAAUCAAGUGCUGGGAAGCAGCUGAUUGGUGGUCGCAAUCUGUGGGGCCCCCAUCGCAUGGCCGUCCUUUGCGGCAUCAAGGUGCGGAGCGUCAUCUCUGGUCCCACUGCCUGCCACAGCGUCAUCAUCACAGAGGCCGGCAAGGCUAUGAGCUGGGGCCGUGGAGACAAAGGACAGCUUGGCCAUGGGGAUCUGAAUCGAUGUGAAGCACCCAAGCUGAUUGAGGGACUGAAGGAAUUCACCAUUGUCAAUGCAGCCUGUGGCCGCAGCCACACGAUGUGUCUGACAGAGGAAGGAGCAGUGUACGCAUUUGGCGACAACAAACUGGGACAGUUGGGGAUCGGUCACCAGAACACGCCAGUUCCCAGCCCCAACCGGUUGAUGUACUCAGGCCGUCCCAUUGUCAAAGUGGCGUGCGGGGGUGAGUUCACUAUGAUCCUGGACUACAAGGGCACCCUGCAUUCCUUCGGCUGUCCCGAAUACAGUCAGCUCGGUCACAACAGCAACGGACAGUACUUUGUUUCCUCCAACAAGACCUCCUUUGAUUGUGUGCUGACGCCCAGACGCAUCGGCGGUUACGUCGAGAAGACCCGAGACGGGGUCAAGUUUCUGGACAGCAUCGUCAUCAAGGACGUCGCCUGCGGGGCUAACCACACAGUUGCCCUGGAUAUGCAGGGCCGGGUAUUCACAUGGGGCUUCGGUGGCUACGGACGCUUGGGCCACAGCGAGCCCAGAGAUGAGCCCGUCCCACGAUUCCUGAAAACAUUUGAUCCUUCCAACAACAGAGCGGCCAAGGUUAUCAAUGCUGGGUCUAGCUACUCCAUGGUCAUCACAGAGCAUGGAGAGCAGCUGUUUUUCUGGGGUCAGACCAAGUCUACCGGGGAAGCCACCAUGUACCCAAAGGCCGUGCAGGAUCUUACAGGCUGGAAAGUCAAGACUAUCGGUUGCAGCAACCACUCCAUCGUUCUGAUAGCAGACGACAGCAUCAUCAGCUGGGGGCCCUCCCCUACCUUCGGCGAGCUCUGCUACGGCGAGAACGGGCCUCGCUCCUCCACCCAAGCCAAAGAGGUCAAGCCCCUGGAGAACGUCCACAUCCACACCCUGACCUGCGGGCUAGGCCACACCCUCCUGAUUGCCAAGAACGACACUGUGGCCGAGCGGCGGAAACUCCGGGCGAUGCCCAUGUUCAACCCCACCCGGGUGCAGGUGAACGAACCGCCCCUUGAAGAAGAAGAAGAAGAAGAAGAAGAGGAGCAAAAAGUAGAAGAAGAAGAAAAAGAUAAAGCAGAAGGAGAAAAAGAAGAAGCGGAGUUAGAAGAGGAUAAAAAGGAGGAGGUUGGCAACGGAGCCCAAGACAAUGGCGCCGAUAAGAAGGAGAACCAGCCAGAGGAAACCGUUCCGAUGGACGACGCCGUUUCGAAGGACGACGCUGUUCCGAAGGACGACGCUGUUUCAAAGGACGACGCCGUUUCGAAGGGCAACGCUGUUCCGAAGGACGACGCCGUUUCGAAGGACACGACCGAGAAAGCCAAUGUUGCAGAGAGAGUGGAACCUACCGGAGAGGAUAAAGAUGCAGAAACUGUUGCCAAAGAAGGGAACGGCACCCACGAGAGCAAGGAGGAAGCAGGGGGGAGUCGGAGGAAAGCGUCCAGGAAGGGGGGCAGGAGUCCCCGGCGUUACCGCCGGCCCCGGCCAUGCCUGUCUCAUCCUAAAGCAAGCAAAACAGCUCUACUUUUUUGUUUCUUGGCACUCAAGGGGGAUGACCAGCGCAUGGUGACACGUGGGCAUUGGUUGAUGGUAACAGGUUUGAUUGAAUUGUUUCUUGCCAGCAGGUGAUAUCCUUGACAGUUUUUUGUUAUUUUGCAGAGGGUUUGUUUAGCAGGACUAAUCAUUCCCCUACGUGGGUAUCACAUCCAUUCCUGCAAUCAAAAUCGUGAAUUGAUGGAUCAAUCAAAUCUCCGCAAUCAGUGAAAAUCUCAAGUACAUGCAAACAGUCUUCAGGCAUCUUUCUUUCCUACGAGACUAAAUGUGAAACUGUCGAAGGUCAAACUGCAAAUCAAUCUAGUUUGAUCGAAUUGAUUGAUAAGUGAUGAGCCAGUGAAUCCUCCGAUAACUAAAUCGAUCAAUUGAUAAUUCAGUCCAUUUAUU